UGGGCCAAUUUAGAUUCAGGAAACGUUGUGUGUGUGUGUGUGUGUCGUUAAAUAAGCGAAUACAGAACGUUUUUAUAACGUUUAUAAAUUACUUAAAAAAACUAUGUCCGAUAGUAAUCGGUGCGCGGUGUGUUCGAACUCGGCGUCGCAAAAGUGCGCGGGCUGUCACAAUAUUUAUUAUUGUUCCCGGGAACAUCAGAAAUCCGACUGGAAGAAACACAAACAAUCCUGUAGGCCCUAUAAGAUUAGCUGCGAUGCUACUCUCGGUCGUCACCUCAUCGCUACCCGCGACCUAAAAUGUGGCGAAAUUAUCUUACAAGAACCGCCACUGAUCUGGGGUCCCCCGCAGAUAACAAUCCCGGUAUGUUUAGGCUGCGGUAACGCAAUAAAGCGCGAAAACUUUAAGCCGUGCUCCAAAUGCGGUUGGCCCGUUUGCAGUGACAUUUGCGAAAAGAGCCCCAGUCACAUACCCGAGUGUCAAUACACGGUAUCCCGAGGAUCGAAGGUGACAAUCUCGACAUUUGAUACGGUUCAUCCGUCCUACCAGUGCAUCACCGUUUUACGGUGUCUGUACCAAAAACAGUUUUUGUCGGAGGUGUGGAAGAAGUUGGAGGUGCUACAGUCGCACUGCGAGGAGCGAAAGACCACGCCCAAGUACGAACGCGAUCGCGAGAACAUCGCGCAGUUCACUUUGAGCUUCUUUAAGCUGAGGAAUGUUUUUAGUGAGGAGGAUAUUUUGCGGGUGUGCGGCAUUUUGAUGGUGAAUGGACACGAGGUGCCCCUCACAACCCCAUCCCAUGUAGCUCUCUAUGAAGUGGCCUCAAUGUUAGAACACAAUUGUGCGGCCAACUGUAAUAAGACUUUCACUGAUCAGGGUUCCAUCCUCAUAAAAGCCGGAGUGAACGUUAAAAAAGGUGACCACUUAAGCAUAUGCUACACAGACCCACUAUGGGGCACGGCCAAUAGGAGACACCACCUCUACGAGUCGAAAUUCUUCUGGUGCACCUGUGACAGAUGCUCUGAUCCUACAGAGUUCGGUACCAACUUCAGUGCCAUGAAGUGCCAGAACAGUGACUGUUCGGGUUACCUCCUUCCACCGACGUUCCUGGACCAAUCGAGGAAUGGCAAACUGCAAAACUGGGUGUGCAACAAGUGUGCUUUGACCAGUAGCUCGCACCACGUUCAAGAAAUACUGGACCGAGUGGGGCAAGAUCUGCACGAAAUGAAAAAGGAAGACAGUGGGGUGGCCAAAGAGUUUUUAAAGAAUUAUGCAAAGUAUUUGCAUAAUAACCAUUAUUAUUUGACUGACGUCAGGUUGGCUUUGGGGCAACUGUUGGGGCAUGAAGAUGACCGGGGGUUGCCUGCCUUGACUGAUGAAGACUUGGAGUUAAAAGCCAGAUUGUGCCAAAUGGUUUCUAAUUUAAUAAAGACUUUGGCUCCCGGUGAAUCCAGAAUUCGAGGCCUCUUGCUGUUUGAAUUACAUGCUGCCGUGGCAGAAUUAGGACGCAGGAGUUGCGAUCCCCAUCAACUCAUUGCUGUGCUUCAAGAAUCAAAGAAACUGUUGGAUGAAGCCUCAGAACUAUUGAGGCAUCAACCGAAACGCCUCCCAGAGGGAAAAAUAUACGUGCAAACCCAAAAGAACAUGAAAGAACUGGAGAUGGUACUCAAAACUUUGCACAGGAACAUCGGCGAUUCACCUGUUUGAUUAUUAAUUAAACUUAUAUGUAUUUAUUUA